AUGCGUGCAAGUUCUAUUGAUAUUCAUCCAAAUGCAACAUGGUCAACGAAUGGUAUCACUGUUGCUGGAGGAAAUGGAUGGGACAGCAAAACCAAUCAACUCUGGCUCCAAUGGGAUUUGUACGUCGACGAUGAUCAAAUGAUAUAUGUCAUUGAUGCUGCAAAUACCGGCAUUGUGGAAUGGAAAAAUGGUGGCUGGUGAAAAUGGAGCUCAUCAAUUAAAAUGGCCAUGAGAUGUGAUUAUCGACAAAGAGAGCGAUAGUCUCAUCAUCAGCGAU